AUGUCCCAGAACACAGACACCCCCACCCCCGCACCUGCUGCUGCUCCUGCUGUCGCUGCCGAUCCGGUCGCCAGCUUUCUGCCGCUCGCCGAACGCCUGAUCAGCAAUCUCCGCGAUGACGUGUCCACUGCGCGCAAGACGAUCGAGCUGAUUAAGUCGGCCAAGGCCACCUACCAGCGCGAGAUGCGCACCGCCCAGCAGAGCCAAGACCGCUACAACCGCCUGGCCCAGAAGGCGGCGGUCUCCCAGUCCCGCAAGCGGAAGACGCAAGCCGGCGGAGAUGACACGUCGACCGCGGAUGACGCCGCUGCCAGGCUGACAGCUCCGCGCAAGCCCAGCGGCUUCGCCAAGCCCACAAAGGUCUCCGCUGCCAUGUGCGAAUUCUUGGGCAUCCCCGCCGACCAAGAGAUUGCCCGCACCACCGUCACUUCGUCUGUUAUCGACUAUGUCAAAAAGCAUAGUCUCGAGGACACCGAGAACCGCCGGGUGAUCCACCCCGACGAGAAGCUCGCUCAGCUGCUGGGCCCGAUCCGUCACCCGAUCGACAAGAGUGGUUCCCUGGGGGUCUCGUACUUUAACCUGCAGACUUAUCUUAACCCACACUUUCUACGCAAGCCCAAGCUGGAAGCUCAGGACGAGCCCGCCACGGCGACAACAACGGAAGACCCCGUCCCCGCCGCGGACCCUGUUAACGUCCCUGCCGAAAUCGUGGCGCAGUAGUGAUCACGACCAGGCUCGAUGCAAAGUCGUUCCCACCAACGCUUAAAAGCAGCGCACCAUCGACUUUCCCUCUCUCACUUCUAUCGCAUCAUUUUUCUGCGUUUUCUUCUCUUCACCUACUACUAUCCUAGCCAUGUCUUCCUUCAAGGCCACUCAGAACCACGGCAUCGUUGACAUCAAGGACCUUGACGUCAGUAAGAUCACCAUCACUGAUCCCAAACCAUUUUCUAACUCCUAUGGCAACUUUGCUUUUGUCAACUACGGCACUUCCCGCGACACGAUCAAGCUCAAGCUCCCCGAGAUGAGCCUUCCCUUCGCAGCCAAGCUCUGGACCGACAACAAAGAAAACGACAAGGUUGUCGCCAACGCUACCGCUCCCAGCGACAAUGGCAAGAUCACCAUGUGCCUCAGCCUCGACGGCCAUGAGACCGAUCCUAUCCUCGAAGCGGUCUACCAUAAACUCGUCGA